GUCGAAGGCGGACAGACUCAAGUCGGAGGGCAAGAGCUUCUACUUUCAAGUGGGAUCGGCAGCGGGCUCGAGCGGAAGCGCCUGGGCGAUUUUCGCCGAGGAGCUGGCCGAGGCGAUCGCGUUGGUGACGGCUAGCAGGUCAGACUCAUUUUCGGGAGUGACGCUGAGGUCGAUGGCAGACCAGGCUCUGGUAGACACGGCAGCGGCCCAGGCUUUGAUAGGCGUCCCGGACCUCAAGCAUCUCAAGUCGGCUUUCAAGGAGAAGGGUUUCAAGGUGCACGUUAGGUACCAGGACGAUCUUCCUUUCGCCAACGGCGUCGGAGGGCGCGUCCGCCCGGUCGCCAAAGCUUUCGUUCCAGUAUCAUUUCACGGCUGUGGGGUCUUGGAAUUUCUCGUGUUGCCGCAUCCUUGUCCUCCCUUGUUGCCAGCAGGGUUCCUGGACUUCAUGUCGGCCAAGAUCGACCUAGCGGCCAACCAGAUGACGGUGGGAACGGACGACACCACCACGCUGGAUAUGACGAAGCUCCCAUCAGGCCACCGCACGAUCGGUCUGAUCGGCAAGUCCCCGUCGGAUUUCGUUCUCGACCCUGAUCUGGCCCAGAAGUUUCCGUCUUCUCGGAUCGGCUCGGAGAGCGCCUGGGCCAUGAGCGUGUCGAGCGGCUCAGACAGGUGGGAGCGGGGCGGCAACAAGCUGAGGCUGGUGUUCACCAAGCCCCGGCGUGCCAUGCCAGUGAAGAAGGAUCUGAGUGAGUCUCCCGUUCCGUCGAGCUUUCUGGAAGACGAGAUGGUCACGACUUGCAGGUUCAAGAAUCCCGACGGGAUCUACGUCGAGCACAUCUUCGAGGGCUCGGUAUCCGACCUCGAGGACGAUGCGAAGCUCAUGCCGGACUACUGGGUCGGGCACGUGGAGUUUCAGGUGACGGCGCCGCCUGUGCAGGUUGUCAAGAAGGGCGCCAAGCCGGGUUCGAGGUCAGUGGGGAACCUGCUGGGGCGCACGCGCGCCUCGAUCAGGAACGCAGGCGGGCUCGCUCCACCGACGCACUACGAGGAGCCGGCCGAGAGCGAGAUCGAGGAGAACUGGGGCGUCACGCCGGAUCCCUGGAGGGACACGCAGCUGCAGCAGAUCGACUACUCGGAGGUGGAGCUCAGCGAGGUCGAGAAGGGUCUGGUCAACGAGGGCGGGUUUAUGUUCACGCCCGCGGAGACGGGCUGGCGGCGCUUCGCGCUGAAGCUGCUGGCAGUACUGACCUCGUGCGCUCAGUCGAGGCUGAUCUCGGUGCUCGCCCCCUCGGUGAUGCCGGCGAUCGCCAGCAAGAAGAUCUUCGCGACCGAGAACUGCCCGCACCCCCUGGAGCACCGCAAGCGCCGGGCCAACCAGCAUGCGGCCUGGAUCGUCUGCCAGCUGUGCAACAAGCGUCUUUCGUGUCACUCCAAGACGGUCGAAAAGAAGCUCGAGGCCAAGAUCAAGAGGGAGUGCGAGAAGACCGAGAAGUCACAGAAGGCCAAGAACGAGCAGGACAUGAUCAGGGAGGCGGUGGAGGCCUACCACGCGAAGCAGGAGCACGUGAAGCAGGAGACUCUCGACGAGCCGGGUGCCCAGGAGGUUCCACCUCAUCAUCCGACUUACCGCAGGGCCGUGCCCAUCAGCUCUGCGUGCCCGGUGUUUCCCCGCAGCGAGGGGCAUCCAGGAGUGCCGAACCACCUCUCUUGGAAGGUGCCGCCGCCGGGCUACGUGGCGAUCGACCUCGAGGGACCGGCCGCGACGAAGGCACCUCCGACGGCACGCAAGUCCUCUGGGGUCGCGCACCUGACGCGUGCCCAGGGCCAGAGCGGAAUGCUGAGGAACCAGAACCCGACGGUCGAGAGUCACCUGAUGGAGGCGCUCUUGCAGAACCAAGAGUCCAACCGCAAGGAGAUCCUGGAGUACAUGUUCGCACAGAGGCAGGAGUCGCAGGCGACGAGGGAGCAGUUCGAGCAGCUGAUGAAGGACAAGCUGGACGGCGACCUGGUGGCGAGUGAGCCGCCACGGGCCUUUGCUUCCGCUGACGCCGGGUCCUCCAUAUUCGAGGCUUCGACGAAGAUCGAGGUCGAGUCUGCGCACGCGAUAGCAGGCUCCACGGACGCCAAGUCUGACCCGGGCUCGAGCAGAGCUUUGGAUAAAAAGAAGUUCAGUCGUUCCACGAUUUGGGAAAUUUCGUCAGCCUCUCAGGAAACUCAGGAGAGGCUUCGCCAGAUCCUGCGCCCGGGGACCGAUCCGAGCGGCUGGACCGCCAAAAGUUUUUCAGUCUGGGACUCUGGGGGACGCCGCGAGCAUCUGAGGGUCAGGUCGGGCUUGGAGGCUCGCUGGGUCUGGGAUGCUGACACGGGGGGGCAUGUCUCUCUGGAAAGGCUCUCGGACGAGGCGCAGUGGCAAGCCGAGGACGUCGGCCCGAGCGAGAAGGCCCAGUGGUUGGUCUACCUCGCUCUUCGAGCCGCGGACAGCCGCGCGAUGGAGUGUCCUAGGUCGGGGGUUAGGCGUUUGAGAGUGACGGCGACGGACCGGGCUCGGGACGUGGUGGACGCGCUGUGGGCCGGGGCCUCAGCGUCAGGGCUCCAAGAGGCCUUAGCCGGAUACAGCGCCGAUCAGCUAAGGUUUACCGUUUGGUCUCCUGGUCGCCCGUCGUCGGACUUAGCUUCCCAGAUCCCUAGCUCUUGGGUCGUCUUGGACAAGAGCCCGCUCCUUAGCAAGCGUCGAGAAGCGCCCGAAGCAGCAGUUCCCCGUCAUGUGCGCCAAGACGCCCUUAGAAUGUUCGACGGGGUAGGAAUCCGAGCCGGUCGCAAGAAGCUAAGGAAGGACCUCAUACGCCAUCUUCGACGAGAACAGAGGACCCUGCUUUUGGAGCUUUUCUCGACCCCUCGAGUCUCAGUGGAAAUGGUUCGUAGGGGCUAUCAGGCCUCCCACGCUAUCGAUCUUAGGACAGGUUGGGAUCUUCGCCAGGCGAGUCAGAGGGCCAAGCUCUGGGAGGUCAUGGAGAAGGACGGGCCCGAGGUCCUCCUGAUGAGCCCUCCUUGUAAGGGUAUGAGUGUCGCCAGGGUCCCUAACUGGGACACCAUGCCGAAGCACGAUAGAGAUCGAGUCGAGCAAGAGUGUCUGAUGAUGUGGGGUCUGUGCAUGCAGCUGGCGAUGUUUCAGCUGUCCAAGGGACGGUCUCUCUGGAUUGAGAAUCCGUACGGAGCCUUCUCUCAGCAGCUGAGCUCGACGAAGGAGCUUCUGAGCCAGCCCGGGGUCCAGGUGGUUCGGGGAGACCAGUGUGAGUUCAGGCUCAGGACCCUCGACGGGGGUCUGGCCAUGAAGCCCACGAGCUUCAUCUCGAACAGUCCGGAGCUUCUCGCCGUGUGUCACAGGAGGUGCACGGGGCAGCAUGAGCACUCGCAAUUGGUGGGCGGGGCCAGGACAUCAGCAGCUGAACGGUAUCCUGAGCGUCUGGUGGACGCGCUGAUUGAGGGCGUUGAGCGGACAGGUUUUGCCGUUCUGUCAGCUAGCGAGCCGGAGGCCCUCUCGUUUCCGGCCGCCGCUGCCCCAGGGGCAGACCCCCACCCGGUUGACGGCGGAGAGAUCAGCGACUCCGAGGAGGAGGGGGAACUCGAGCGUCCGGGCCCUGAGGGGGCCGAGAAAUCCGAUGCCUCAGGUUCGGUUUGA